AUGUGGCAGUUUUUGGAUCAACACAUUGGGUUGUUCCUGCGAGUUGAUAAUCGGACCAUGCUCUUUGUCCACGAUACUGCGAAGCACUCCAUUCUGAAAUACUCAGAAGAAACCGCGGAAGAUGGAUUUUCUAUCUUUUCUCAUACCAUGCUUGCAACUCUGUGUGUUCGACAUCUCUGUACCUUUCUUCCAGAAUAUCAACCUCACAUGGAGAAAUUACACAAAGGCGAUGCGUUCAUUCCAUAUGCAGCAAAACAAUGGGCCCGGCACUAUCAUUUAGGCAUACAAGAUGCGGUUUCUGAUGAGGCAGAUGAUGCCUCGACUGAGCUAGAAAGCCUUAUCGAAGAAUUCAUUUCCUCGCAAGAUCAACGGGACUCAUGGUAUGCCAUUGUUCACCCAGAACUGACAGAAUUCGACAAGUCUGGUGACAUCCCAACAAAAUUGGAAAUGGCUUCUGAGCUAGGGUUAGCUCGAAUCGUGGGCGAGGCUAUCAAAAACAGGGAUAAUGAUGAAAUCGACGACAAGGUCCUCGAAAGAUCGCUUCGACUAGCGACAAAAUAUGGCCAUGGAAAUAUUGUGAACCUAAUAACUCAGACGGAAGUUUCGGUUUCAUCAGCACUACCAUUUUCUACGGAGCAGGACAAGGUCCAAAUACUGCAACACUUCCUCGAAAUUGAUCGCAAAAAGUCUUUCCAUUUUGCAACAACCGACAUUUCUGCAGCACUAGAAAGUGCUGCUCAAAAUGGUCAUUUGGAGGCAGUGCGGUUGAUCCUUGCCCACACCAAGGGAAUUCAGGAGUACGAAGUUGUACAUGACUUGCCACUUGAAGAAGCAGCCGAUAGGGGACAUAUGGAGAUUCUGGAUUAUCUCUUGCAAUACGUAAAAGAGUUGCCAGAGACCGAGAAAGCCGAUCAGGAACCGCCAGCUCAAGAGGAGAGGAUCUCUGAUGAAGACCAGAAAAUAGAAGACAAGGAGGAUGAUCUUGAAGUCAAAGACAGUGGACAGCAAGCAGCCGCUGGGGAACCGCAAUCCGAGGAUGUCGUCGAGUCGAAAUCCGAGCCUGAAGAUGAGGAGUCUGUUUCUGAAAACGAGAAGCCGAGUAUUGAAGACAUGAAAAAAGGUGCCCUCUAUCGUGCUUGCCGCCGCGGUAACGAAGAAAUGGUGCGCCUUCUUCUGCAACACGGCAUAAAGCCCACGCACAAAGCGAUCAAUAUUACGGCAGAAGCAGGAUAUUCCGAUAUCAUGAAAUUGAUACUCGAAGCUCUUGAUCCACAGAACGCCGAUGAUGUGAAAUUGAAUGAGACAUUUGCUCUGUCGAAGGCUGCCGAGAAUGGGCAUCUUGCGGUGGUGAAGCUGCUUUUGGAUAACAACGUCUCGAUUGAUGGACUGUCCCCAGAAGAAGAUACCCCGCUACACAGAGCUGCAGCAAACGGAUAUGUUGAGGUCUGUAGGCUCCUCAUUUCACAAGGGGCGAACCCGAAUGGAAUCAAGGACGACAAAAUGACGCCCGCGCAACUAGCAGCAGAUGGAGGAUAUCUGUCGACAUUCCAGGCUCUUCAAGAAUGCCCUGAUCCAUCCAACUACUACAAUUAUAUUCGACUUGCCGCCGAGAAUGGCCACGUACUGAUGGUCCGUUAUCUGCUUGGACUUGACCAAGAGCUUGAUCCGAAAAAUAAUGAACUUGAAUCUGCUCUUGCGACGGUCGCAUCUAAGGGGUACUUGGCAGUCACUCGUGAGCUGUGCAAAGCUGGAGUAGAAGUCAACCGACGAACAGGGAAUCACUCAGCUAUUCACAAUGCCGCUGGAAAGGGACAUGUGCAACUGGUUGAAUAUUUGCUGACCCAAGGAGCGGACGUGAACGCGUGUGGUGAUCUGAGAAGAACACCGCUCCACGAGGCAGUGAAGUACCCGGAAAUAUUGGCCAUGCUCCUUGAUCAUGGCGCUCAUGUUGAUGUUACAGACUUAGAUGACAGGACACCGUUGCACGCCGCGAUUGGGGCAAAAGAGGAGACUUCAACGGAAGAUGACCUUGAAAGGUCUGUCCGAAUGCUCAUAGAGGCCAAUGCCGAUGUUGAUGCAAAGGAUGAGGACGGUAAUACCCCACUUCAUCUUGCUGCCCGGGUUUCUUUUGAGGCGGCCGUCGAUGCCCUCCUUGAACGAUCUGCAAAAGCCACAGGGGCGAACGAAGAUAAAAAUACUGUCCUCCAUCUUGCUGCUAAGUUUAGCAGCCCUGCAAUCAUGAAGAGCCUCCUCGGAGCAAGCACUGGUGGUUGCGAUUCAACUAACGAGGAAAGCAAAACGCCUUUGAAUAUUGCUGCAGCCCGUGGAGAAAAUACCAUUGUACUUCUUCUCGUUGAGGAGACCAGUGACAAAGCUAUCAAUACUGCCGACGAAGAUGGCAAGACUCCUUUACACUAUGUCGCUCGAAAUAGUGAUGGAGAAGCCUUGAAGGCCCUCGUGGCUGCUGGAGCGGAUAUUAAUGCAAAGGAUGCCUCGCAAGCGACUGCCCUCAUAAAUGCUGCCACGCGUGGAGACCUGGAAACUGCUAAACUUCUUCUUGAAUGCGGGGCGGAUAUGGAAAUCAUUGAUAAAAAUAAUGAUACCGCACUUCUUGCAAGUAUUCCAGAAAACUAUGUCGAUAUUGCAAGGCUGUUGUUGGAGAAGGGUGCCAAUGUUUCCGCGGUCGAAACAUAUGGUAACGCCCCACUUCUGUUGGCUGCCCUCGAUGGUCACAAAGAUAUGGUUCAACUUCUCCUAGAGAGUGGGGCAAACAUUGACCAGGCAAAUGACGACAAAUGGACUCCUCUUGCUGCUGCUAUAACCAACGACCAUGCAGACAUAGCGAGUAUACUGGUAGAUCACGGAGCCAACAUUGAAGCAAUGAAUACUUUUGGCUCCACCCCCUGCAUCUUGCGGCUAUUGGAGGCAACAUGGAAAUCAUUCGUCUGCUUCUAG